GAUACAACAUUGAUACAUUUCGUCAACAACAAGGCUUUCACCUCCGAUCUGUAUCUCGCGGUUCGUUCGUCAACACAGAGUUUUCUAUCCGUUCUCUUCGAGAGCAAGCCCUUCUGUUCAAUUCAAGAAGAGAUUUGCGAUUUCCUCAGUCAAUUCAGAAUGGAGUAUCCUGAUUUUGCCUUUUCAAUGCCAACCUGCUAUCAGCUGGGAAUUCCGAGUGAAAAUGCACCACUCGGUCAACUGCCACCAUAUUACGGUCCACCAAUGACAAUGCCGAUACCUCACCCGUUAUACGACUACAACCUCGAACCGGCCUUUAUUCGCAAAAGGAACGAAAGAGAACGCAUUCGCGUACGACACGUCAAUGAGGGGUACGCGCGUCUUCGUGAACAUCUACCCGACGAACCCACAGAUAAACGAAUGUCAAAGGUAGAGACGCUACGGGCUGCUAUCAGGUACAUUAAACACUUGGAAAGCUUACUGGAUGUCGGCAAAGAUGAGAAACAGGAUAAGAACAGUGCAGACACAGAGGAGAAAAGACAGGUAUCUAUAGAGGAAGAGAGGUAAAAAGAACACUUAAUCGGUGUCUUUUUGUGUGAUGUAAUGUUCCGCUGUGAAGCUUGGAACAAGACAAUCUCUACGCACAAUCAUGUCUCUCUGAAUUCUGUGUGUGAGUCACCGAAAUUGAAAUUAGCGCAUAUGACUUUAAAUUAAACAGAAGAAUUACUCCAUUAAUUCAGGCAAGAGAGAGAUCGUUUUUCUCGCUUGUGAUGGUCCUUCCAUUUUGUUAAUAAAUCAGAGUUAGAGUACGUUUUUAAUGUUAAGUUUCUGCUUUGAGAAAACGAGGAAAACAUAGAAACACGGAGUUAAUAGAUGAACAGGAAAAUUUUAAAUGACUGUAAAUAGCCCUGUAUAACAUUGCGAAUUUGCAUAAUUUAGUGGAAAAGUGUAUUUAGCGGACAAAAGUUUCUCCGAAAUGCAUUCUUCAGCUCAUUUUAAUAUGCUUCGAGACGUUGUGUAUGAAGGUUAUCUUCACAACAGUACCAUUAAAAUACACUUUUCGCCUUAACGCCUUGUUUAGAUUUAUUGGCUUUAAUCUAUUCGCGAUCAGCAGCUUUUAAUGGUUUAUUAUUCAAAUAAUAAACUUUUGUAACAUUCGAAAGCUUGCGCGUAAGAAAGAGUAACAAUAAUUGUGGCAAGAAAUGUAAAUGGGAAAUAAAGCCCGAU